CUUUGCAGUAUAUCCAACACCAGGAGGCAGCUGAAAUAAUUGCUGGCCUCAGAGGACUGCUUUUAAAAACGAGAAGGUCUCUGCUCACUGCAGCCCAAGCAGAUUCCUGUCCAUCAUGACUGCUGUCCGACUACGAGAAUUUAUCGAGCGCCGCCCAGUGAUCCCACCCAGUAUUUUCAUUGCUCACCAAGGAAAGGACAUUCAAGGUUACUACCCUGGGCAGGUGGCAAGAUUCCAUGUUGACCACAGCAUGAAGAGAGCUCCCAGACCACUCAUAGAUUUGGCAAUUCCACCCAAGAGAGAAAGUCAAUAUCAGCCUCAAUUUGACCAACAAACACUCAUUGGAUAUAUUUGUUUUAGAAGACAUUCAAAGCCUGCCGAACCGUGGUAUAAAGAAACCACUUAUCAAAGAGACUAUUCUCUGCCAUUUUACAAGAUUGAUUGGGACCAGAAAUUAGGCACGGUUUCAUCGAAUCCUAGGCCACUUAAUUCUCUGCCAGAGCUCUACUGUUGUGAAGAGAGGAGUAGCUUGAGAAGAAAUGCUUUUAAUCUAAAAUAACCAUGGCAUUCGAACAAAA